GCACCUCAGUCUUGUUCCCCCCGUGAACGUGGCGACAGCAAGCAGCUGCUCGAGGUCGGGAGACGUGGCAGUGGUAUAGUGGUGUGUGUCCGUUAAACGUGUGAUGGUGCAGUAAUAUAAUUAUUGAUCAGUCAUGGGCAACAAGCAGGGCCACGAGCUCUCGCCCGAGGAGAAGCAAAAGCUCAAACAGGAAAAGGAACGCGAGAAAAAGCUUGUGAAAGAGGAGAAGGAACGCAAAAAGCGAGAGAAGAAGGAAGAGAAGAAACGAAAGAAGGACAAGAAGAAGGGCAAGGACGACAGGAGCCCAGAUGGGUUAGAUGACGAGGACGCCGAGAGCGUGGGAGGAAGCUCGGCGUGGUCGGAGAAGAGCCAAGGAUCAGCCCCGGGAUCGUGGUACCAUUCAGCCUCCGAGCCCUCCUCCAAGCGAUCCUCGAUCUACCUGCCUGCCUCCGCGGGGCCCGGCUACUACCAGCAUGACUGCUGGUACUCAGGCUAUGAGGACAGCGGGUCCGAGAAAUCCAAGCCUCCUUCUCGAGCCCCGAGCGUGAAGAGUGUCAGCUCGAACCUCCGUGCUAGUUCCCUCGAACGAUACCCUCUUGGCGUCCCAAAGGGAGAACCCAUCGAGCCCAUGCACAAGGCUGGGUCGCUGGACUUGUCCUCGGUUGUUGCAGCAUCAUUUUUGCAGAAUCGGGAGAAGCUAGCUGCUGAAGCCGAAGUCGCGGCUGCUAUUGCCUCACGGUAUGACGAAACCAUUCGCACCUCGCGAGACCACCUCGAACGGACCUCUGUAGAGCGAGUGUCCUUCCUCGAAAAGGUCGUCUCGGCAGAGCGAGCCUCCCUCACGGGCCGCACGUCGCAGGCAGAGAAGGUGUCCCUCGACUCCUCGGUGUAUCAUUCCGCCGAGGAGGGAUCUUUGAGAGGCGCCAAGCGUAAGGUCUCUCUAGAGGACAAGGAGUCAGUAAAGUCCUCCGUGUACUACUCAGCAGACGAAGGGCGCGACUCGAAGCGGCAGACCGUAGACUACUCCUCAGACCGCGCUUCGCUCUCGGGUUCCAUCUACUACUCAGCGGACGAAGGCGGCUCGAUUGCGGGCUCCGUGUACUACAGCGCGACUUCCGGCUCCGAGGUCGAGGAUCACGGGGAUGAUAAUGACCUGCUGGGCAAAGAGCGCCCGAGUGCACCUGGGAAGCCUGAAGCAGUGGACCGUGAGGGCGGAAUCCUCAACAAGUUGGCUUACAUCAAGGUGGAGAAUGACGCGCUGCUGCUGCGCUGGGACGCCCCGGACACCGACGGCGGGUCGCCCAUCACAGGUUACAUCAUGGAACGCAGUGAGGGCGAGUCCGAGAUGUGGGUGCGGGUGAACUUGGUACCCAUCAAGGAUACCGAGUACCCCGUUGCCAACCUGGUGGGAGGGCGAGAAUACCGCUUCAGGGUGUUCGCCGAGAACGCAGUGGGCCUGUCGGAUCCCUCCGUUCCAUCCGAGAAUGUGAGCAUCUCCACCGACCAGGAGGCCACAGAGCCGCACUUCCUCAGGGAACUCAGGGACGUCGUGGCAGUGGCGGGCCAGCGGGUUGAGUUUUCCGUGGACAUCAUCGGUACGCCGCCCCCGGACGUGACCUGGUACAAGGACGGCUUCGAGGUGUACGACACGCAGCGGUUCCAGUUCCUGGCGGACGGUGACCGAUACAUGCUGAUUCUACGGGAGGCGAGACUCACGGACGAGGGCGACAUCAGGGUAAGAGCCACGAACCGAGUGGGCGUGGCGUCUUCCCAGGCCGCUCUCGCUGUCCAAGCACCGCCACACAUUACCUUGCCGCCGCAAUACGAGCAAGGUCUGAUCUUCGACACCGACGAACUUAUUCGACUUCGAGUUCCCUACACGGGCCGACCUCAGCCUACAGCCACGUGGACACACAACGGCAAACUAAUUGAGACCGACGAGCGCCACACGAUGGACGUGUCGGAGAAGUACGCCACGCUGAAGAUCGCCGGCGCCAACAGGAUGGACAAGGGCAUGUAUGCGCUCAAACUGGCGAAUCCGCAGGGCGAAGCGUCGACCUCAUUCUUCGUCACCGUCACGGAUCGGCCGGAUCCACCCAGCGUGCCAGUAAUCACAGACGUGACUGGCACCUCCCUCACUCUCCGGUGGGACGCGCCCGCUGAUGACGGUGGCUGCAGGAUAUCUAACUAUACUCUCGAAUACUUCAGGGUGGGCUGGGACGUGUGGCUCAAGGCUGCGUCCUCUCGAAUCACGUGGACGCAGCUCAGUGACCUGAUCGUCGGCUCGGAGUAUCGCUUCAGGGUUAAAGCCGAGAACGCGUACGGUGUGUCAGAACCCGGGCCAGAGUCCGAGCAGAUCCUCAUCGAAGACACCAAGAGUCCCACUGGGUCCUUCGAGUACGAGACCUACAAGUCCACCACGACCGUCGGAACGUCGCUGCCUCCCGACUCGACCGCACCCAGGCCAGAUGGCAGCUCGACGCUGGAGUUUGGCGGCUCAGGUGAGAGCUCUGACAUAGGUUCUUUCGGCAACACAGGGGAGUCGGCGGAACUGGCUCGCGGCCUCAGCGCAGGGAUCUCCGAAGAGGCCGAGUCCUCCUUGGGCGGAUCCAGCGGCCGAGAGCCAUCGCUCGACCUCGGAAGCUCGAGUGAAAAGGCCCCGUCGUUCGACUACGGUUCUUCGUUGGGAAAGGGACCUUCCUUCGAAGUCGGGUCGUCGAUGGAGCGCGGGCCUUCCUUCGAGGUCGGCUCCUCCGAUGAGAGAGCAUCGUCGUUUGAAGUCGGCUCUUCGAUAGAGCGCGGCUCUUCUUAUGAGCGAGAGUAUAGCAGAAGAAGGCAAGAAGCUCGCCUGGUAGGAAGCUCAACAGAACAAGCCCAGAGUGGAUAUCUAGACAGAGAUAGUUCCCUGGAAGACCAAGGGGUCAUUCGUGGAACCUAUGAAUUCGGAAGUUCACUGGAUUCAUAUGAUCAGGAAGAACUGAGGCUUAAGGGCCACCUAGAGCUCAGAGGAUCUGCGGGAGGAUCCCUGGAUCUAGGCGGUUCUACAGGGGAGUCGGUGGAAAUCGGAGGUUCUAUGGACAGUGAGGAACCUCCGAUGCCACCCCCCCGUGUGCCUCGAAGGGGAGGACGCUCUCCUGCUGUGCCGCCCACGCAAGCAGAGGAGGACGGUGGUCAGUUGGCGGCCCCGACCCCACCUCCCAGAAGCCGUCGCCCGGGGUCUAGAGCCUCUACCGUGUCAGAGUCUUCUGCUCUCGGCCUGGAAGAGGGUCAGCUGCCCAUUUACAUCUUCGGGGCGGAGGACGGGCAAGCUGUGGCUCCCACUCCGCCCCCGAGGAGUCGCCGCCCCGGCUCUAGGGCGUCGUCCACGCUUUCCGAGUCACUGGGGGUGGAAGAUCCCUUGUAUCUCCUUGGCAUGGCGGAGGGCGGGCAGGACCUGGCCCCCACCCCACCCCCAAGAAGUCGCCGUCCUGGAUCUCGAGCCUCCACGGUGUCUGACACGUCCGCCCUCGGAUGGAGCCCUACACCUCCGCGACGACGUAAGCGACCCAAGUCAGAAGCGGUAGGAGCCGAGGCCGCGUCGAUGGACUUCGAGGAGAGCUUCGAGGACUCGCCGACGGCCACCCCGCGUCGCAGGCGUCGUCAGGCAUCGCAGGCCUCCACCGAGACGUCCGAAACCCCAGUCGAGGCCAUCACCCCAACCCGCGGCACCUCCAUCGCCUCCUCCGACGUCGAGUUCGAAAGCGCCCAGGCAGCCCCAGAUAGCACACCCUCGCCUUCGACAUCUGGCGCUUCCGUGACGGCGAGGAUGGAGGCGGUGAAGGUCGCCGCGGGCGGUGAUGCCGUCCUGGUGGUUUCCCUCGAGAACAUCCAAGCGGCCAAAAUCUCCUGGCAGAAAGGAGGUCGUGAGGUGGCGGCGGGCCCUCACUACACUACGACGGAGACGCAGAAGGCGGCGCAGCUUAUCAUCCACGGAGCCUCAUCGCAAGACUCGGGCACCUACACGGCCGUUGUCACCAGACCUGAUGGCACGCAGGCCAGGGCAGCGGUGGCUCUUGAGGUAGCCUCCACUGGAUCUCAAAUCAAGGUGGAGGCGCCCAUCUUCGUCAGGACUCUCAGCGACCUGGCGGCGAAAGUGGGAACCCGCGUCCGCUUCCUGGUCGAGCUGCGGCAAGCACACGAUGUUAAGGUAUUCUGGUACCACAAUGACGUAGAAGUCACAGAGAGCCCCAAAUUCAGACUACUGCACGAAGGCAACUUUUUCUGCGUAGAUAUAUCUCCCCUGACCGUCGCUGACGAAGGACCAUGGAGAUGUGUGGCAGAGAACUCCUCGGGCCAAGCCUCGUGCAACGCUCGGCUCAGAGUCAUCGUCCCGAAGGGUUACAAGGCCCCAGUGUUCCUCGAGGAGCUGGAGGCCAUUCUGACGACCGAGGGCACGGUGAGCUUGGAGUGCAAAGUGGUGGGUGUGCCAACGCCCAUCCUCAAGUGGUACAAAGAUGGCAACGAGAUUAAGGCUGGUGAUGUGUUCGCUCUCACCGCCAACCCGAACGACCCGACUUCCCUCGGGACUUAUACCUGCGAGGCCGUUAACUGCAUGGGUCGCGCCAUUUCCUCCUCCAGGGUGCGGGUCUUGGCUAGGGACUCGCUUGGCGUCCCAUCCAGGAAAGAUCGCCGUUCUCCGACUCCAGUUGGUCCUCCACCAAAGAUCCUUGAGGAAGUACAGGACAAAAAAGUUAAGGUCGGCGAUAAGGCAAGAUUAACCUUUAGAGUGGAGACGCCGCCUGAAGUAUUAUCCGUAACGUGGUAUAACAAUGGGCACAAGAUCGAACUCAGUGACAAGUACAGAUUAAGCGACGAAGGAGGUGGGCGCUACAUGCUGGAGAUACACCCGGUAGAGCUCGGAGACGACGGCGAGUGGAAGGUCGUCGUGAAGAACGAGGGAGGAUAUGCGUCUUCUCUCGGCAAAAUCACGCUAACAGUGCCAAGAAACUACAGGGGACCGCGGUUCUUGGAGGACCUGCGAGCACUGUUGACCGAGGAGGGCCUCGUCUCCUUCGAGUGUAAAGUUGUGGGUUACCCGACUCCUAUAUUGCAAUGGUUCAAAGAUGGCCAAGAACUGAAACCUGGUGAUGUUUACCAGCUUUCAGGCACUAAUUCACUUGGCAAAUAUUCGUGCAUUGCGAAAAAUUGCAUGGGUGAGGCAAAAUCAACGGCAGAGCUUACCCUUGAAGACAUCAAGUCACACCUGAAUGAGGAGGAGAAGGAGCAACUCCUAGCAACCAACAUUCCACCUAGGUUCAUCCAGGGCCUGAAGAGCCGAGACGUUAAGAUCGGUGAUCCCAUAAGAUUAACAGUACAAGUAACAGUAACGCCAGCCCCUGAAGUGACUUGGUAUCACGAGGAUGAGAUUAUAGUUGAAUCUUCUAAGUAUCAUGUGUCUAAAGAGGAUCCUGGCAUUUUCCACUUGGAUGUAGACAAUCUGGAAGUGUCAGACCAGGGAGAAUGGAAGUGUCUGGCAAGUAACGACUAUGGCCACAGCGUCACAGCAGCCUCCGUCAAGCUGGUUAUUCCAAGACAUUACAAAAAGCCUGUGUUCCUCGAGCCCCUCCGGGCUGUACUAUCGCAAGAGGGAACUGUGAAUCUAGAGUGCAAGGUGAUUGGUGUUCCUCAGCCAGUCCUUAAAUGGUUCAAGGAUGGCACAGAGCUCAAACCGGGUGACAUCCAUAGAAUUAUUAGCGGUGAAGACGGUACCUGCUGCCUUGGGACCUAUACUUGUGAAGCUUAUAAUGUUAUGGGUUCUGCUUCAUCCUCUGCAGCUCUUCUUGGCUUCGAAGAUAAACUUAUUCAGAAGGAGAGUGACAAGAUGGCAGCUGCGAUGGCAUUAGCUGAUGCACGGGGUAUUGCAAGAAAUCCAUCUCUUUCGACCAUCAAUGAAGAACGCUCCUCGCAGAUCUCAGUUUACGAGUCGGCAGUGUCAGAGGCUUCGUGUGAGGACGAGAGGGCUGAUAUAUCUGUAAGCAUUGAUGGUAGAGAAGUAUCGCUCUCCCUCUACGAGACGCCAGAUAUAUCUGAGGCAGAGGCUAGACAAAUUGCAGAGAUUUAUGCGGAUGAAAUAUCUGAUCGUCUUUCAGCUCAAGAGGGCAAUCAAGCAGAACUGCCUCCUCUCAGAUUCACAAGAGAAACCUCUCGAAAGGGUCCACUUAUUAUGGAAGCAAUGGUUAUUGAUGUAGAAAACCAAGCUUUCGAUGAAUACAUGAGUAUGUCUGAUAUAGUUUAUGAUGAUGCACGAACAGAAGCUGAUGUGGAAGAACUGUCAGCUAUGGAAGCAGUAAUGGUAGAGGAGCGCGAAGCACUCCGUUCUGACAUUGCAGAUUUGCCUGAGAUGGAAGUAUGGAAUGAGGAACAGUUGUCUCCACAAACUGUAUCCGUGGAGGGCAUGGGUGUUGCUCAUAUCAGCGAAAAGAACAUAAUGCAAGCUGACCUGCGUUCACUUAGUGAGCAAGGUAUUAGUAUGCUGCGCACACAUGCAGAAGAAGGUCAAGUUCUUGGCAAGGGAGAAGCAGUCAUAGCGGAAGAGCCUCAUGUUAUGAGUGCCGCAGCAAAAUCUAUCAAAACUGACAAAAGUCUUUCUGCCAAGGCAGACCGUAAAGAUACCCCUGGCCUUGCUGUAGCCCAGGCUCAACAACAAGAGGUUUUAACUGGCCUUGAGAAAAUUAAGGAUGAAAAAACCGAUAGAAGACAAGCCAAGAGAUCGAUUGAGACUAGGGAAGCUAUGACGACCGAAGAACAACAACUCCUCGCUGAGACUGGUACGUUGCCUGAUGCUGCUGAGAUCGGCAUAGAAACUGAGCGAUAUCCAAGCUUUGUUACUCAUGAAGCUGUUGCUGUUAGUUCUCGUGAAGCAAUGGAACAAGCUAAAUCUUUAGACUCAGAAGAACGACCUUCUAAGAAAGUAAAGAAAGCUGCAGUUAAGAAGACUCAGAAACCAGGUGAAACUGCUGUCGUUCAGUCUCCUGAAGUAUAUGAAGGGGAAGCAAAACCGAUUUCUGAUAAACAAAUUAAAUCUGAACACGCUAAAGCAGUUCUUCAAGGGAAAGAAGGCCUCAAGGUCACCAGUGCUGAAGUCAUGGAAGAUGUAGCUAGUUUCCAAGGUCAGGUUGCUCAAGCUCAACAAGCUCAGGUGAAGGAAGCCAGUCAGCAUGAAGCUCUGGUCAUGGAAGAAGCAGAAGUAGUGAGUGGAAUGCCAAAGAGUUUGAAAGUGAAGCAACCUAAGGCACAGAAAGCAAAGGUGGUCAAAAAGACAGCAGCAGGGGUAGGUCAACAGGAAGCCCAGGAGUAUUAUACCGCUUCACAGGACCAUCCACAAUCCUCCCGAGCUGAAGAAACUGAAGCUGAUGUAAGUGAAUUCCAUUCCAUGUUAGAACCAAUGCAACAGUCUGAACACUAUGGCUAUGAACAUGUUGAGGCAUUUGAAGGAAUUACGCCAGAGCAACAAAGAGCUAUGCAGUUAGACCCAAGUUAUCGAGAAGCUGUAGCAGUUGCUAUCAGAGAAGGUUACUUCCAAGCUGAGGACCUGUCAGUCCUGAGUCCUGAGGAGACUCAAGCUCAACUUCACCAAACACUCCAUGAGGCUGUCGAAGGUUAUGAGCAAAUGGGAAUGUCUGGGGAUAUCAGGGACAUGCCUGAUUAUAUGCAAGGGGUGAGUGACAGAGCACAAAUGUUAACUGAUACCACAAGGGAAGCUGUCAUGAUUCAAGAAGCAGAUGUAGACUAUGCUAACCUCAAUGUAUUUAACAAAGAAGAUAUGUCACAAAUGCUGACUGUUGCUGAGGAGCGAAGUGGAUCUCUAGUUGAAUGUAUAGUUGUACAAGAAGCUGAUCUACAGUCUGAAGCUGCUAUUGUAUCUCAGCGGCCUGCUGCUCAUCCUGAAAGAGCUGUGGCUGGCAUUGUUGAAGGUGCAGGUGAGUCUGCCACAGUAGGUGAACCACCUUUAGUUGCAGAAAUGUCUACAGGAAAGACAACUGGAGGAAAAGUUACUGAACCAGGUGAUAAAAAACGACCAGCUGAUGAACCAGUUUCUGACGAACAAAAGAAAUUAGCUUCAUCAGCUGACAAAGAAACCGAAUCAGCAGCAAAGAAAGCCAAACUUGAUGAGAAAAAGCCACAAGAUGAAAAGGAUAUUAGUGUUGAAGCUCAAGUGGAAGGAGCAACUCUCACACCAGAGCAGAUUCAAGCUCGGAAAGAAGAGCUUUUGGCACGAAUGGAACACCUUCUCUCUGGAAAAACUGAAGGAGAACUGUACAGGACACCUAGUAGUGAGUCACUAACUACGGAAUCCUUAGAGAGUGAAGAACGUAAGCAAGUAAAGGUAAUUGAUAAGUCUUCCAAAAAGGGAACCCCUGGCCCCUCAGUGGAUGGCAAAUUGGAAGAGGACAAGGCAAAGACUGUGUCAGAAAAGGAGACAGAAAAGAAAGAAAAAACAAUGGAUGUCCAAGAUCAAGGUGAACAGCAGACUGAGAAGAAGAGAGGUCUAUCACAGGAAAAGACUGAACCUCAAAAGAGAGGUGUGUCUCAGGAAAAGACUGAGCCUCAAAAGAGAGGUCUGUCACAGGAAAAGACUGAGCCUCAAAAGAGAGGUCUGUCUCAGGAAAAGACUGAGCCCCAAAAGAGAGGCGAAUCUCAAGAGAAAAUUGUAUCACAGGAAAGAGGAGCAUCACAAGAAAAAUCUAUAACCCAGAAGAGAUCUGCUUCUCGGGAAAAGUCAGUCUCUGAAGCUGAUGCUCCAAAGGAGGAAGGUGGGUUCUUCAAAAGGCGUUUAUCAAAAAAGAGAGGGUCUUCGGCAGAAAAGACAAAGCCUGCAGAUGGUACAUUAUCUCCCAAGAGAGGGUUGUCAAAAGAAAAAUCUCCUCCUCAAAUGAGAGAUAGCUCACAAGAAAAGUCAAUACAUGAUGAAAAGUCUGGAUCACAAGACAUAAGUGAUAAGAAGGAUAAACCAGAAGAAAAGAAAAAGAAGGGCUUUAUGUCUGCAUUAACUAGUAAGGUUUCUGAAAUGAAGACUGCAAUAACAAGCAAAGUAUCAGAAAUCAAAACAGCUAAGGUAGAAGAAACCGACCAAAAAGGAGAAACUGUUGAAAAUUUGAAGUCUGAAGACAAAGUAAAUGAACAGACCGCCCAGUCCGUUGUAAAUAAAGACACAAAGGGACUUACUGUUGCAGAAGCUACUGAAAUACACAAAGAAGAGGUAGCUGUUACCAGUCAACAAGAUAUUACCAAAGAAUCCCAGAAAGCUGUCACAAGUGUAGUUUCGGACACAGAGAUGCUCACCGCCGAUCAACAGAUUGUGCAAGCUAAAGAAGACUUAACUAAGCAGAGUGCACCAGAAUCAGUAGAGGAGGAGCUAGCUAGGAAGAGAAAAGAACUUUUGUUGAAAAAACAAGAACUUUUAGCCAAACAGUUAGCUGCAAUGAAAGUUCGUGAGACAAGUGAAGAACCUACUAGUGAACUAACUUCCACUAGCGAAAUUAGUGCUGAUUCUGCAAGUGAGUUAGAGAGUGUCCUUGAAAUGAAGGAGCCUAAAAUAUCUGGAAAAAUUGCCAUUGGUCAAGUGAGUAUCUCUGUGAAAGAGGAAUCAGCAAAGUCUGAUGCUGAGAAGAAAGUAAGUCAGAUUGACAGUAAUGCUCAAGCAUAUAUAGAGAGUACCACCUCCUCUGAUGCAACUCUGUCAAUUAAGAGGAAAGAAAGGGCAAAUGAGACAGGUGAAGAAUCAGUUAACCUGAGUAUAGACCUAAGCUCACCCUCAGGCCUACAAGAAAAACUUAGUGAGAUUGAAACAUCAUUGAGGGAAGUCGAAAUGAAACUCCAAAAAGAAGGUGGCCUUGUAGAAGCUACAUCAGUAGAGGAAAUUAAUGUCUCCGAAGGUAUCGCAGAGCUGAAAGUACAGGACGGAAAGAAAGUCAGCGUAAAGAAAGGAAGCUUAAAACUGGAAGAAGGUUCGGAGGAAACUGCAGUAAGUGGGAAGAGGAGCAUAGCUACAUCUGAAGAUCUGAAAGCCAAAACACAGUCUGCAAUUAUUUCAGAGGAUGCAGAUAAAAAGACAAAUGAAGACGCAAAGAAAGCUCUCAAGGUUGAUGCAGAAACAAAGAAAGAGGCUGAGGUUGAUACGACGACCAAGAAAAAGACAGAGGUUGAUACCAAAGCAAAGAAAGAGUCUGAAGUUGAUAGCAAGACGAAAGAUGCUGAAGCUGAUACCAAGGCAAAGAAGAUGCUGAGGCCAAGGCUGAGGCUGAUACCAACUGAUACCAAGGCGAAGAAAGAUGUUGAGACCAAGAUUGAGGUUGAUACCAAGGCGAAGAAAGAGGCUGAGGCCAAGGCUGAGGCUGAUACCAAGGCGAAGAAAGAGGCUGAGGCCAAGACUGAGGCUGAUACCAAGGCAAAGAAAGAUGCUGAGGCUGAUACCAAGGCUAAGAAAGAGGCCGAGGCUGAUACCAAGGCGAAGAAAGAUGCUGAGGCUGAUACCAAGGCAAAGAAAGAUGCUGAGGCUGAUACCAAGGCAAAGAAAGAUGCUGAAGCUGAUACCAAGGCAAAGAAAGAUGCUGAGGCCAAGGCUGAGGCUGAUACCAAGGCAAAGAAAGAUGCUGAAGUUGAUACAAAGGCAAAGAAAGAUGCUGAGGCUGAUACCAAGGCAAAGAAAGAUGCUGAGGCCAAGGUUGAGGCUGAUACCAAGGCUAAGAAAGAUGCUGAGGUUGAUACCAAGGCGAAGAAAGAUGCUGAGGCUGAUACCAAGCUAAAGAAAGAUGCUGAGGCUGAUACCAAGGCAAAGAAAGAUGCUGAAGCUGAUACCAAGGCUGAGGCUGAUACCAAGGCAAAGAAAGAUGCUGAGGCCAAGGCUGAGGCUGAUACCAAGGCUAAGAAAGAGGCCGAGGCUGAUACCAAGGCGAAGAAAGAUGCUGAGGCUGAUACCAAGGCAAAGAAAGAUGCUGAAGCUGAUACCAAGGCAAAGAAAGAUGCUGAGGCCAAGGCUGAGGCUGAUACCAAGGCAAAGAAAGAUGCUGAGGCUGAUACCAAGGCAAAGAAAGAUGCUGAGGCUGAUACCAAGGCAAAGAAAGAUGCUGAGGCCAAGGUUGAGGCUGAUACCAAGGCUAAGAAAGAUGCUGAGGCUGAUACCAAGGCGAAGAAAGAUGCUGAAGCUGAUACCAAGGCAAAGAAAGAUGCUGAGGCUGAUACCAAGGCGAAGAAAGAUGCUGAAGCUGAUACCAAGGCAAAGAAAGAUGCUGAGGCUGAUACCAAGGCAAAGAAAGAUGCUGAGGCUGAUACCAAGGCAAAGAAAGAUGCUGAAGCUGAUACCAAGGCAAAGAAAGAUGCUGAGGCCAAGGCUGAGGCUGAUACCAAGGCUAAGAAAGAGGCCGAGGUUGAUACCAAGGCUAAGAAAGAGGCUGAGGCCAAGGCCGAGGCUGAUACCAAGGCUAAGAAAGAGGCCGAGGUUGAUACCAAGGCUAAGAAAGAGGCUGAGGCCAAGGCCGAGGCUGAUACCAAGGCUAAGAAAGAGGCCGAGGUUGAUACCAAGGCUAAGAAAGAGGCUGAGGCCAAGGCCGAGGUUGAUACCAAGGCAAAGAGAGGGUCUGAAGCUGAUAUCAAAGCAAAGGAAGCUGCAGAGGCUGAUACCAAAGAUGCCAGAGACGAGAAAGCUAAAUCUCCAGCAGCCAAAGAGCGGAAGAGGUCCAGCCUGAAAGAAGACGACACUAAAGCUCUAAAGGAAAGGGAAGGAGAGCAGCUCCGGAAGGAGGAUGCCAAGAAAGCCAAGUCCCCUGAGCUGAAGGAUGGAAGGAAACCCAGCAUGAAGGAUGAGGAUGGUUUAGCUGAAGAUAAAAUCCCCUCAAAGGCAAAAUCACCAGAAAAGAUAGAAAAGAAGAGAUCCAGUCUUAAAGAUGGCGAUGUGACGGCCGAUAAGGAAAUGAAAGAUAAAGAGAAAGUCAUAUCCAGUGAGGAAGCCAAGAAGGCCAAGUCUCCAGAACCCAAAGAAAGAAAAAGGUCCAGCCUUAAAGAAGGCGAUGCCAAAGCCGUUCGUGAAGCAGAAGCCAAAGUCAUCUCCAAGGAGGAAGAGAAAGUCUCUAAAGAUGAAGCGAAGAAAUCAAAAUCUCCAGAGGCUUUGGAGAGAAAGCGGUCAAGCCUAAAAGAAGUCGACACCAAGGUGGCAAGGACCAAGGAAGAGGAGAAGGCCAAAUCUCCUGAACCCAAGGAAAGGAAGCGGUCCAGCAUAAAGGAAGCAGAUGCUGCCAAAGUAAAAGAAUCCGUUUCGAAGGAAACCAAAUCACCCGAACCUCCGGCUAGGAAGAGGUCUAGUCUGAAGGACGCUGACGUUAAGGUUGCCAAAGAGGCGGCGGAUGAGCCAGGAAAAGCAAAGUCACCAGAGCCCAAACCCAGAAAGCGUUCCAGCAUCAAGGACGAGGAAAAGACGAGAGCAAAGUCUCCCGGAAAGAGAGCCAGCCUGAAGGAAAGCGAAACCGAAGCCGCCAAGCACAAGUCUCCAGAAGCACCAGAGAGAAGGAGGAAGUCGGGAGAGGCCGGAAACAGGAGGAAAUACUGA